CAGACAUUCCUGAAUAAUUUACGCAGGAUUGCUUCGGGGAGUGACGCAGAGAGGAUACUGAUGCCCCGAUACUUUUCCGUUAAUUUAACAGAAUUUCGGACAAUUUGGAGGAACCGGCGCGUGUCUCCGCGGUUGGACUUUUGCGGUUUCGAGUCGACGGACCGGACUGGGUAAAUGUAAAACCGGCGGCUCCAGAAAGCCAUCUUUAUGUCGAUAUCGGUGUGGUGUCGCUGCUAAGGGGAAGAAAAAAAGAUGCCGCAGCCAAAGUCUCGAAAAAUUGCCGUCCUGGGCUACAGAUCCGUGGGGAAGUCCUCAUUGACAAUACAGUUUGUGGAAGGCCAGUUUGUGGACUCAUAUGAUCCAACCAUAGAAAACACAUUUACUAAAAUGAUCACAGUCAAUGGCCAAGAGUACCAUCUGCAGCUGGUCGACACAGCAGGGCAGGAUGAAUACUCCAUUUUCCCUCAGACCUAUUCCAUAGAUAUCAAUGGUUACAUUUUGGUCUAUUCAGUCACCUCAAAUAAAAGUUUUGAAGUAGUAAAAGUUAUUCAUGAAAAAUUGUUGGAUAUGGUGGGUAAAGUACAAGUACCUAUAAUGCUGGUGGGAAAUAAAAAAGAUCUACACAUGGAGCGCGUCAUCAGUUGUGAAGAAGGCAAAGCGCUGGCUGAAUCGUGGAACGCAGCAUUCAUGGAGUCCUCUGCGAAAGAGAACCAGACUGCAGUCGAAGUGUUCAAGAGGAUAAUCUUAGAGGCUGAGAAGAUGGACGGUGGAGCCCCCCAAGGGCGGACAUCCUGCUCACUGAUGUAGAUACAGCCCCCCUUCCCCUCCCUUCAGCCUAUGCCCUCUCCCCACAGCCUUCCCCGACCACCGGAGGACACACACUGACCUUUCUGGUGAACAGUUGUCAAACAAUCCAGUGGUUAGGGUGUAAUAUUAGAGUGUAAGAGUUAUUUUGGCCUAGGUUAGGAUGAGGGUAUGUACAGUGCUUAGUACUGGGCUUUAAGGGAGUACGGGUUAAGGUAAAGCACAGCUAAUGGUAAAUGUUCACCAGAAUAGUCUGUCUGGAGUCCACCCUCCUGCAGCCACCCUACCCCUUACCACAACACUGGACACUGGGAAAUCCCUCUACUUGAAGUGGCUAACUGCCUGUUUUCCUCCAUAGAAAUGUUGACUUUUUUUUCUUUCUUUUUAACCUUCUUUUUUAUACUUCAUUUCAUUUUAAUUUUAUUUUCAGUUGUGUAAUAUUUCUUUUUUAAUAUUCUUUUGGAUGAUACAGAGAAGCCCUCAGUGAUAACACUAUAGGAAUAAAUACCACCAUGCCCCUUUCUCUGCCUUCUGUUUUCUCUUUCUCUCUCUCUCUCUUUCUUUCUUGUUCCCUGUCUGGUCAUCCCUUCUUCUUCUUCUUCUUCUUCUUCUACUUCUUCAAUACAAAACCAAACCUGGUGAAAUAUCGAGCCUUACUUCCCUGCCUUCUGGCUCCCUUCAUCUCUUUUCUACCUGCCUCUUUCCUCCCGAACCCUUAUCAAUUUGUAUAUUGUAUUUCUUAAACAGUAAUUAUGGCCAAUAAAGUUUCCAGCAUUCGUUCUCCUCAGUAAUGAAUGAUGUUUAACUUUUUUGAUUGUAAUCAUUAAACGCAGCAUUUUGUUUCACUACA